AUUUUGAACGCGACUGGAUUUGUUUUACCUUAUCAGGACAAUUUUGCAUCUUGAAUUGAGAAAUUUGCAUGCUAUAUCAACUUCCGAAUCCUACAUUCCUUUAACCCGAUGCUAUAUUUUUCAUUAUUAUUAUUAUUAUUAUUAUUUUUUUUUAAUCUUAAUCACGCUAUUAUUAAUACUAACAUCCAACCUCCUCACUACAUUCAUGAUUUAGUUGUUGAUGUGCAGUCUUGCAGCAAGUAGUCACCAUUUAUCACCAGUAUAAUAAGGCUUUUGUGUGUGAAAUUCUGACGGACUGCACAUCAUAUUUUUCUGUUUAAAAAUAGCCUGACAAGCAGUCUGUUUUCCUAAAAAUAUACUUUCCUUACCCUUUAAAAGAGUUCACAGUAAUUAAAUCCCUUCUAACUUAUCCAGUUUCUUCCUUCCAUCUUGAUCCAAAGUUUCUUAAUUAUGAUUAGAAGGACGAGAGGAGAAAAAUUUUUUUUAAUUCUUUUUUCCCCCCGUCAGUGGAGAGUCUGGUGCCGGAAAAACGGAAAAUACGAAGAAAGUAAUCGCUUAUUUUGCUAACGUCGGUGCCGUUUCGCAAAAAGCCGGAAAAGAGAAGAAAGAGGGAUCUAAAAAGGGUAACUUGGAGGAUCAAGUUAUUCAAACUAAUCCAGUAUUAGAAGCUUUUGGGAAUGCCAAAACUGUGAGAAAUGACAACUCUUCCAGAUUUGGUAAAUUUAUCCGUAUCCACUUCGGUCCUAUGGGAAAAUUGGCUGGUGCUGACAUAGAAACAUACUUGCUUGAAAAAGCUCGUGUGAUUUCUCAGCAACCUUUAGAGCGAUCAUAUCACAUUUUUUACCAGAUUACAUCAGGCCAAAUUGCAGAUCUUAAAGGAAUUCUCUUGUUAAGUGAUAACAUCAAGGACUACCAUUAUGUGUCUCAGGGUAAAACUAGUAUCCCUGGUGUGGAUGAUGGAGAAGAAAUGAGUUUAACUGAUAAUGGUUUCGACGUCUUGGGAUUCACGGACGAAGAGAAGACUAACAUUUAUAAAAUUACCGCAUCAGUCAUGCAUUUAGGUGAAAUGAAAUUCAAGCAAAGGCCAAGAGAAGAACAGGCAGAAGCGGACGGUACCGAAGAGGGUGAAAAAGUUGCUCAUUUGUUAGGAUUAAACGCGGCAGAUUUGUAUAAAAAUCUGCUGAAACCGAAAAUUAAAGUCGGCAACGAAAUGGUAACACAAGGAAGAAAUAAAGAACAGGUUGUGUAUUCUGUGGGUGCUUUGUCCAAAGCAAUGUAUGACAGAUUAUUCAAAUGGUUGGUCAAGAGGGUCAACGAAACUUUAGAUACUAAACAGAAGAGACAACACUUCAUUGGUGUAUUAGAUAUUGCAGGUUUCGAAAUUUUCGACUUGAAUAGUUUUGAACAACUGUGCAUCAACUUUACCAAUGAGAAAUUACAGCAAUUUUUCAACCAUCACAUGUUUGUUUUGGAACAAGAAGAGUACAAAAGAGAAGGAAUUGAGUGGACAUUUAUUGAUUUUGGAUUGGAUUUACAAGCGUGCAUUGAUUUAAUUGAGAAGCCAAUGGGUGUGCUUUCAAUUCUGGAAGAAGAAUCUAUGUUCCCCAAAGCCACCGAUAAAACUUUUGAAGAAAAAUUAAAAACUAAUCACCUUGGAAAAUCUCCAAAUUUCGUAAAGCCAAAACCACCGAAACCUGGACAAGUAGAUGCUCAUUUUGCCAUAGUUCAUUAUGCAGGAACUGUUCCCUACAACUUGACAAACUGGUUAGAGAAGAAUAAAGAUCCACUGAAUGAUACUGUUGUCGAUCAGUUCAAACAUGCAUCUAACAAAUUAUUAAUUAGCAUCUUUGAAGAUCAUCCAGGUCUUGGAUCUGAUGAUCCAAAGAAAGGAGGAGGAGGAAGAAAGAAGGGUUCUGGAUUUCAAACAGUGUCUGCAUUGUACAGGGAACAACUGAACAAGUUGAUGACCACUUUGAGACAAACUCAGCCUCAUUUUGUGAGGUGCAUCAUCCCCAAUGAAACUAAAUCCCCAGGUGUGAUUGAUUCCCACUUGGUAAUGCACCAACUGACUUGCAACGGUGUACUCGAGGGUAUUAGAAUUUGUAGGAAAGGAUUUCCUAAUAGAAUGUUGUAUCCUGAUUUUAAACACAGAUAUACAAUCCUAGCUUCGAAUGUCCUACCUAAGAAUCAAUUCUUGGAUGCUAAGAAUGCGAGUGAAAGGAUAUUGGAACAAACACAAUUGGAUCCUAACGAAUAUCGAUUCGGUCUUACCAAGGUAUUCUUCAGAGCUGGUGCUUUGGGACGUCUGGAAGAAUUGAGAGACGAAAGAUUAAGUAAAAUUAUUACAAUGUUGCAAGCAUGGAUCAGAUGGUACGGGUGCAAGAAAGAAUUCAAGAAGUUACAGGAACAAAGAGUUGCCCUACUGGUUAUUCAGAGAAAUCUUCGAAAAUUUUUACAACUCAGAAAUUGGUUAUGGUGGAAGCUUUACUCAAAGGUGAAACCAUUAUUGAGCAUUGCAAGAGUAGAAGACGAAUUGAAAGCUUUGGAAGAAAAAUUGAAGAAAGAACAAGAAGCUUUCGCAAAAGAAGAGAAGAUCAGAAAAGAUCUCGAAGUACAAAAUGUAAAAUUAUUACAAGAAAAGAACGAUCUCUUUUUACAAUUGGAAGCAGAAAGAUCCGGAUGCGGCGAUUUGGAAGAAAGAUUGAAUCGUGCUCUAACACAAAAAGCCGAUUUGGAAUGCCAACUUCAGGAAACACAAGAUAGGUUGAAUCACGAAGAGGACGCCCACACUCAACUUUCACAAACAAGAAAAAAAUUAGAAGGUGAAGUGUCGAGUCUGAAGAAGGACGUGGAAGAUUUAGAACUUACUAUUCAAAAGGCAGAACAAGAUAAGGCUUCUAAAGAUCAUCAAAUUCGUAACCUGAACGACGAAAUCGCUCAUCAAGAUGAACUUAUUAAUAAAUUUAACAAAGAAAAGAAACAUUUACAAGAAAUUACUCAGAAAACAUCAGAAGAACUUCAAGCAACCGAAGAUAAAGUAAAUCAUUUAAAUAAAGUGAAAGCAAAAUUAGAGCAGACUUUAGAUGAAUUAGAAGAUAAUUUAGAGAGAGAAAAGAAAUUAAGAGGAGAUACAGAAAAAACAAAGAGGAAAUUAGAAGGCGAUUUGAAGUUAGCACAAGAAGCAAUAACUGACUUAGAAAAAGCCAAAAAAGAAUUAGAGCAAGCUCUUCAGAGGAAAGAAAAGGAAAUGGCUAGUCUGGCUGCAAAAUUAGAAGACGAACAAAGUUUAGUGGCAAAAUUACAAAAACAGAUCAAAGAAUUACAGGCUAGAAUUGAGGAACUCGAAGAAGAACUCGAAGCUGAACGACAAGCUAGAGCUAAAGCUGAAAAACAAAGGGCUGAUCUUGCCAGAGAAAUUGAAGAACUGAGCGAACGUCUCGAAGAAGCCGGAGGUGCAACAUCAGCGCAGGUCGAACUAAAUAAGAGGAGAGAAGCCGAAAUGUCAAAACUGCGAAGAGAUUUAGAAGAAGCCAACAUACAACACGAACAGGCAAUGUCAACUUUGAGGAAGAAACACAACGAUGUGGUGGCCGAAUUAAGCGAACAAAACGACCAACUUAACAAACACAGGAGCAGGUUGGAGAAAGAGAAAGGACAGUUGAAAGGAGAGUUAGAUGAUGUUAAAUCCAGUAUCGAUCAUGUACAGAAAGAAAAAGCAAAUUCCGAAAAACAAGUGAAACAAUUAGAAAUACAAGUUUUAGAUCUGCAAGGAAAAUUAGACGAAGCUAACAGGUCUUUAGGAGAUUUCGAUUCGACAAAAAAGAAAUUAUCAGUAGAAAAUUCCGAUCUACAAAGGCAGGUGGAAGAUUUAGAAUCUCAGCUCGCUCAAGUUAAUAAAUUAAAAAUGUCCCUCUUAACGCAAUUAGACGAAGCUAAAAGAACGGCAGAUGAAGAAAGCAGAGAACGUUCUGCUCUCAUGGGUCGCUUCCGAAAUUUGGAACACGAUUUAGACGGAUUAAGGGAACAAUUAGAGGAAGAACAAGAAGCAAAGGCUGAUCUUCAGAGACAAUUAAGCAAAGUUAAUGCCGAAUUACAAAUGUGGAAGAACAAAUAUGAAAGCGAAGGACUGGCAAGGUUGGAAGAACUGGAGGAAGCGAAGAGAAAACUUCAAGCUAAACUCCAAGAAGCAGAAGAAAACAUCGAGCAAGUAAAUGCAAAAUGUAGCGGUUUAGAAAAGACGAAAUCAAGACUUCAAGGAGAACUUGAAGAUAUGACCAUCGAAGUGGACAGGGCGAAUGCAACAGCAGCUGCAUUGGAAAAGAGGCAAAAAUCAUUCGACAAAGUCGUUGCCGACUGGAAACAGAAAGUAGACGAUUUAGCAGCAGAACUCGAUGCCUCUCAGAGAGAAUGCAGAAAUUAUUCCACCGAACUGUUUAAAUUAAGAGGACAAUACGAAGAAAGCCAGGAGCAAUACGAAUCAGUCAAACGAGAGAACAAAAAUUUGCAAGACGAGAUCAAAGACUUGAUGGACCAAUUAGGAGAGGGUGGUAGAAGUGUCCACGAGUUGGAGAAAUCACGUAAGAGAUUGGAAAUGGAAAAAGAAGAGUUGCAAGCUGCCUUGGAAGAAGCAGAAGCAGCUCUAGAACAGGAAGAAAAUAAAGUAUUAAGAGCACAAUUAGAACUAUCUCAGGUUCGACAGGAAAUCGAUAGACGCCUGCAAGACAAGGAGGAAGAAUUUGAAAACACGAGAAAGAACCACCAAAGGGCAAUCGAUUCGAUGCAAGCGAGUCUCGAAGCCGAAGCACGCGGAAAAGCAGAAGCUUUGAGACUAAAGAAGAAACUGGAGAGUGACAUCAACGAAUUAGAAAUCGCUUUAGAUCAUGCAAAUAAGGCAAAUGCCGACGCUCAGAAGAACCUGAAAAAGUAUCAGAUUAAUCUGAAAGAAUUACAGCAAGCUUUGGAAGAAGAACAAAGAGCAAGGGACGAAAUAAGAGAACAAUAUGCCAUGUCUGAACGUCAUUGCAGCACUCUUCAAGGAGAAUUAGAAGAAAGCCGACAGUUAUUAGAACAAUCUGACAGACAGAGAAGAUCGGCCGAAUCCGAAUUAAGUGACAUGCACGAUCAAAUGAACGAACUUUCAGCACAACACGCAUCUAUAUCUAUGGCCAAGAGGAAAUUAGAAGGAGAAAUGCAAGCAUUGCAUGCCGAUCUUGAUGAAAUGUUGAAUGAAGCCAAACAAUCGGAAGAAAAAGCAAAGAAAGCAAUGGUCGAUGCUGCUAGAUUAGCCGAUGAACUGAGAGCUGAACAAGAGCACGCUCAACAACAAGAAAAAAUAAGAAAAGCUGUCGAACAGCAGCUGAAAGAAAUGCAAGUCAGAUUAGACGAAGCAGAAGCAGCAGCUCUUAAAGGAGGAAGGAAAAUUAUUCAGAAACUGGAACAGAAAGUGAGAGAAUUAGAAACCGAACUGGAACACGAGCAACGCAGACACGCAGAUUCAGCUAAAAAUUAUCGCAAAUCAGAAAGAAAAUUAAAAGAAAUUCAAUUCCAAAUGGACGAAGAUCGAAAGAAUCACGAAAGAAUGCAAGAUCUUAUCGAUAAAUUACAACAGAAGAUAAAAACAUACAAGAGACAGAUAGAGGAAGCUGAAGAAAUAGCAGCUUUGAAUCUCGCUAAAUUUAGAAAAGUCCAACAAGAAUUGGAGGAUGCAGAAGAAAGAGCAGACAUGUCCGAAAAUGCACUGGCAAAACUACGAGCAAGAAAUCGCAGUUCUGCAAGCAGAGCAAUGAGUCCAAGUCCCCUUCCAAAGUCCAGGCCUAAGGCCAAACAAAUGGGAAAUGAAUAACAUUUCACUUUACCUUCCAUUGUAACCUUCCAUUGUAGCCUCCUAUCCACCUUUACUCGAAAAUUCACAACGAUUAUCAUUCAUCGAAUAAAUUAGGUUCGAGGGAUUUCUUGGAUCAGUCCGAUCUGUAAGAAUACGAUGAUUUUUAUAGGAUAUCGCCUAUUAAUAUAGGAAAUGGUGUUUAUCCUUAAUUAUCCUAUUAGAAACGACAACUUUCUUUCUGUUUUGUGCUUUGUAUGCAUGAUCUUGUCAAAAAGAGCUUCUUUGCUAUUAUGUAUGUUGGAUAUUUUCAUGCAAUAAUAAUGAAAUAAUAAAAAAUCACAAGGUCACAACUUCAA